AUGUUAACUUCAUGCAAAUUACCUCUGUGCAUUGCUUUUCUCAUUUUUGUGCUCUCCGUGCGUUUCUCUUACUGUUACGAUCCAAAUGACACGAAAAUCUUGUCAGUCCUUCCGCCGGAAGGUAUGUUCGAAGCCUUUUAUCCACGCGAAAUGGAUGGUGUGCCCAACAGUGCUUCUCGCCCACCGCAUGGUCACGGCAGCUUCUUCAAGCAUCGAAAUCCAGCUUUGGUGGAUACAAAGAAUGCAGCAGCUUAUGGCUUUCGCUUUGACGGGAAAAGGCGCUUCAAUUUUGAUUAGAUUUUAAACCUUUUUUUU